AUGGAGCGAGAAGAAACAGCUCAAAACCCUAAAAAGAAAGACGUUCGCCCACUGUCCGAAAUUCCAGAGGAGCUUUCAAAUGAAGUCGAAAACGAGUCGCCAGCGGAGGAAAGAAGAAAGUCUUUCGUGAGUUUUUUCGUUUUUCGAAUUUCUCCUUUGAAAUAUUAUAGCUUUCUCAUUGAUUCCAUCAGCGUAAAAAACGUUUUUUCUUCAAGUUGAUUACAGUACCGUCAAAAAAAUAAAAUAAAAUCUCCCGCCCACACCUUCCCCGUUCUUUUUAAAUACCUAUAAAGUUGCGUAUUUUUCUACAAACUGAAAUUUUCAUCAAAGCGUUAUAAUCAACUGUCAUUACAGCCCCGGAAGGUUUCAGAAAGAUAAAACACCAUUCAAUAAAUUCGUGAUUAAAAAAGCGUUCUUUGUUAUCUGACGGUCUUGUAGCUGUUUAGGAAUCAUGAAAAGCUGACAAACUGGGAAACCCGCAGUUUCCUCCCGGGAUCUUUGGUUCAAAAACAAGUGAUCACGGUUAAACAUGAUCGACAAAAAUCGGAGAUCUCUGAGAAAAGGAUGUGAAGUAGAGUUUUUUUGUCUAGUAAAACACUUGUAGUCCUUGUGAACGACACUUGUGAGCCCUGCUUUGAGUGUCCGCCUAUCCUUUGUGGCUCCGACAUCUGAGGCUUUCCCCGAGUUCAGAAAUUAGAAGCUGGUUUAACUUCACAGCUUCUGAGUCAGUCAACCGCCCAUUCUUUUUCCGCUAGUUGACUGCUUUUUUUACCCUUUAUCUUGAGUUUAUUUACUUAGAAGUUUACGGCUUAUAAAUGGGCAACUGCAACUGGUGGACUACUUGUAUUCUUCCUUUGAACUAGGCGGAAGUCAACUUACAGUUUCACUCUUUUAUCUAAACAACUGUAACUUUAUUCUUCUUUUUUUAUGGUUUGAUACAGGCUUUUUCGAGUAUUUUGAAUCAAAGUUUGAUACUAAAAACCUUAUGAUUAUGUAUGUAAGUAAACUGAAAAAGUUACCAACUCCGUUUUCUCAUCUUCAUUCCAAUAACACCUCUGACCUUUUUUAAAUAGACCGCAGUUUUAGGAGACAGUUUCUGCAGAAUCCAAGGAUCAACUGUCAAAAAAUUCUCUAUUGCAUUGCUUAUAAGAUGAUUUUUGACUCAAUAUCGACUUUUUCGUCAUAAUUUUGAACGCUAAUAAUUCUUCGAAAAUGUCUUUUUUCACAGUUUGAACUUUUCUGACCUGGCAAAGAUGGUGAUGUCAAUAUCCGCAACGGAAGUUUUUUAUCCAUUCGGACAGGUAAAUCAAAGAAGAUCUUAAAAAUGCUUUUUUUUCGAUUUCAUGAGCAAACUUUUACAGCAAAAGAGCCGAUCAAACGCCGAGAAAAGCCUGCCGAAAAAACAAGAAGGCGUGAUCAAGAGCUCAGACAUGGCAGAAGAAAUGCAGAGAGAAGCUGUCCGCGUCGCAACCGAAGCCAUGGAAAAAUAUCGCCUUGAAAAGGUUUGGACGUUUCCUAGGAGAAAUUUUAAAAGUCUUACGUCAAACAACUAACUGGAAAGUAUACAAGAAUACUCGGUUUUGAUCUAAACAUAAAACAGGAAAGUCAAGUAAAAAUUCGUAAAUAUAUUAGAUGAUUUGAAAAAGAAAUUCAGUUUUAUAACCUUAAAAAUGUUUCAAGGAAAGCCUUCCACAUAGCAUUUCGAUGCAGUUCAAAAACGACUCACCUGUAAUUUUUUGAGCUCAACUUUUUUUGUCUCAAAACACAAAAUAUCUCUUAUUUUUUUCACUUUGCCUCACGAUGGUUUUACAGGACAUGGCAACGUACAUAAAAAGAAGAGUUCGACCGGAAACACAACCCUUCAUGGCACUGCGUCGUCGGAAGAAAUUUUGGAUCUUAUGUUACACAUGA